GGCUCAUACAAUAAACCGCUUCAUAGCUGAAGUGCAGGGCAGCGCUCUGCACUCAAUGCCUUUCAGAGUUCAUACAACAAGGAACUUGGGACUUCUUAACUGCUUCCCGCUUUAAAUCCAGCUGACCGCUAUGGUUGUGCCAGGGCAGCAGGACCAAGAGGAGAAGGUCUUCUAUCCUCCAGAGGAUCUGCAGGUGGAUGCUCAUGUGCCUGACUUUAACUCAUACCUUGAACUGUACAAAAAGUCUAUUGAGGAGCCUGAAGAGUUCUGGAGGGAAGUGGCUCAGGAGUUCUACUGGAAGGAGCCUCCCAAUGGCCAGUUGCUGCAGUACAACUUUGAUGUCACCAAGGAGAAGGUGUACGUCAAGUUCAUGGAAGGAGCAAAGACAAACAUUUGCUAUAAUGUGCUGGACCGCAAUGUUCUGGACCAGAACCUGGGCGAGAAGGUGGCGUACCACUGGGAGGGGAACUCACCUGAUCAUCGCCUGACCAUCACCUACAGCCAGCUGCUGAAGCAGGUGUGCAGGUGUGCCAAUGCUCUAAAGAAGCUGGGUGUGAAGAAAGGAGACAGAGUGGCCAUUUACUUGCCUAUGAUCCCGGAGCUUGUAUACUCAAUGCUGGCCUGUGCCAGAAUAGGAGCAGUGCAUUCGAUUGUGUUUGCAGGUUUCUCUUCAGACUCACUGGCUGAGAGGAUCAUGGAUGCUCAGUGUAGCAUCCUGUUGACAGCAGAUGGUGUCUAUAGGGGGGAGAAACUGAUCAACCUGAAGCAGAUUGCUGACGAAGCACUGGAGCACUGUCGGGAGAAAGGCUCAUUGACAGUCCAGAAAUGCCUGGUAGUGAAGCACUAUGCCUUCAGAAUAAAUGGGAAUGAUACCUGCAAUAAGCUACAGACACUCUGGAAUGUGGAGUGUGAUGUGUGGUGGGAUGAAGCUGUGGACAAUGCGUCAGACGAGUGUGACCCUGAGUGGAUGGAUGCUGAAGACCCACUCUUCAUCCUCUACACCAGCGGCUCCACCGGCAAACCAAAGGGAGUGCUGCACACCAUUGCAGGCUACCUGCUCUACACAUCCCUCACAUUCAAAUACGUCUUUGAUCAUCACCAUGACGACGUGUACUGGUGCACCGCAGACAUCGGCUGGAUCACAGGCCACUCCUACAUCACAUAUGGCCCGUUAGCCAACGGGGCUACCAGCGUGCUUUUUGAAGGCAUUCCAGUCUACCCUCACGUGGGCAGGUUUUGGGAGAUCAUUGAGAAGUACAGAGUGUCUAAGUUCUACACAGCACCCACUGCCAUCAGACUGCUCAUGAAGUACGGCAGAGAGCCUUUACAAAAAUAUGAUCUGUCCAGUUUGCGGGUGCUGGGCACUGUGGGAGAGCCCAUUAACCCAGAGGCCUGGAUGUGGUAUCAUGAUGCGGUAGGGCAGGGGAAGUGCCCUGUUGUUGACACCUUUUGGCAGACUGAGACGGGAGGUCAUGUUCUGACUCCUCUGCCCGCUGCCACACCGCUAAAGCCAGGCUCUGCAACUUUGCCAUUUUUCGGUGUGCUGCCUAUCAUCCUGAAUGAACAUGGAGAGGAGCUGGAGGGGGAGGCAGAGGGCUACCUGGUUUUUAAGAAGCCCUGGCCGGGUAUCAUGCGAGGCGUGUAUGGAAAUCAGGAACGUUUCGAGAACACCUACUUCAAGAAGUUCCCAGGGUUUUAUGUGACAGGAGAUGGAUGCAGGAGGGAUAAGGAUGGCUACUACUGGAUCACAGGCAGGAUAGAUGACAUGCUCAAUGUCUCUGGUCACUUGCUGAGCACAGCUGAGGUGGAGGCAGCAUUAUCAGAACACUCGGCCGUUGCCGAGGCAGCAGUGGUCAGCCGUCCACACACAGUGAAGGGGGAGUGCCUCUACUGCUUUGUCACUCUGAAAGACUGCAGAGAGUUCAACCAUUCACUAAUGGAUGAGCUCAAGAGGAAAGUGAGGGAGAAGAUUGGCCCAAUAGCCACUCCAGACUUCAUCCAGAAUGCCCCAGGCCUGCCCAAAACUCGCUCAGGUAAGAUCAUGCGGCGUGUCCUGAGGCAGAUCGCCCGGAACGAGAAGGACCUGGGCGACCUCUCCACUCUGGCUGACCCCAAGGUUGUGGAAGUGCUCUUGAGCCAAAGAUGUGAGGCAGCAGCAUAAGAGCUCUCUCUUGUCUGCCUUUCUUCGUCCAACCCCCUGCUGGCCCGGCCCUGGAACAGCUUUAACCCAUAGUGACUCAGCUGAUCCCAGAUCAGAGCUAGAAGGGACAUUUUCUUUUGCUUAGGUCACCUUCACCUUUGACACAGGGACAAUAAUAAGGUGACAAACUGGUGCAGAUCAUGAACCAUGCAGUGCAAUAACAGUUCCAAUGAUGUCUCAUGUUUUCUUUGUCUUCUGAUUGGGCUGCAGUCAGUUCCACUGAGCUUUCCACUGUCAAUCACAUUCAUGUUGUGACAGUUCUGACAUUCUUACUAAUUAUAUGCCAGUAUCGCGUUUUGUUAAUACCAGAUUUGCGUUUGUCGUCUCGUGAAAUAUGUCUACACUAAACUGUGAGGCAAAUUCAGUAAAGCCAUAAUUUUCAAUGAAAAAGGAAUCGACGCAGGGCCAAAUGUACACAUUGAGUUUUGUGUAAUACACAGUACUUGGUUAAUGCAUUUAACAUGAUCCAGUUAUUGAUCAUACUACAGAACAUGCAUUUGCCAACAUUUUAACAAACAUCUAAAAGCUGUAAUUAAUCUGGUCCAUAAUUGCAUGCCCUAGCAAAGUGGCAUUCACUUUAUUUGAUUUUAGCCUGUUUUUCAUGCAUAUAAUAAAGAGUUUAUUGAUUGUA